AAUCAACCGUAUAACUGAUUAGCUAGACGCCUUUCGUGUGAUCUUGAAUAUAGUUGAACACCCCCUCCGCUCUUUUCCGGUCAAACAAACAACACAGCGAAGAGGUGUGGCCACGGCUGGAGCCAAAAUGGCAACGACGGGACGCCAGUUUCUCACUUCGCACUGAUUCACUUCACUGAACGUUAGCUUGACUAGCUAGCUCAACGAGGAACUAUCAGAGAGACGGAAACCCGGGGACGGUUGAAUAUGGCUGAACUUGAACAACACGAAGGAGAGCAGGACAUUGAGAGGAAAAUUGAGGAGACGAGGCAGAGAUUCAAGAAUGAGUUGCUCCAAGACUCAACAGAUAAAUAUGACUCCAGAGAUGUUGAAAGACUUGAGAAAGAUGAUGCUCUGGUGGAGGGCUACCUGCAGUGGAGACUUUAUGUUAUCGAUGACACCUUGAAAAUGAUUGAUGAAAGUCUUCAGUGGAGAAAAGAAUAUGGUUUGAAUGAUCUCACUGAGAGCACCAUUCCCAAAUGGAUGUUCGAGACUGGUGCUGUCUACCUCCACGGCUACGACAAAGAGGGCAACAAGCUCUUCUGGUUCAAAGUAAAGCUCCACGUCAAGGAUGCAAAAACAAUCAUCGACAAGAAGAAGUAUGUUGCCUUCUGGCUUGAGCGGUAUGCGAAGAAAGAGCCUGGGAUGCCGCUCACUGUUGUGUUUGACAUGACAGAGUCUGGCCUCAGCAAUAUAGACAUGGAGUUUGUGAAGUACAUCAUUAAUUGCUUCAAAGUUUAUUAUCCGAAGUUUUUAUCCAAAAUGAUCAUCGUGGAUAUGCCUUGGAUCAUGAAUGCUGCUUGGAAGAUCGUGAAAUCAUGGUUGGGUCCCGAGGCAAUCAGCAAGCUCAAGUUUGCAUCCAGAUCUGAGAUCCAGGGAUUCAUAGACCCCGAGUACCUGCCAUCUCACAUGGGUGGAACGGACCCCUUCAAGUACAGCUACCCGCCUCUUCCUGAUGACGACUUCCAAACACCCCUCUGUGAAAAUGGACCGAUUGUUAGCGAGGAUGAGACUGAGAGCAAAGAGGGUGAAAUAGAGGGCAAAGAUACCCUCGAGUCCAGCUUCAACUCUGAGGUUGUGGCAAAGCCCAAAAAGGUGAAUUUCCUGGAAGACAGUUUGAGGGCAGAGGACAAUGAUAAAGGAGAAACAAGCACCAGGACCAAAGGGGCCAGGAAGCCAUUGACCACCUUCAAAGGCCCUUUGCUAGAUGUUAGCCCCGCAGAGGAGCUCAGUUUUGGCUCUGGAGAGACGGAGAAAAAGAGCCUCAUUAUCCUGAGCAAUGUUACCAAAAAUCAAGUGGCCUUCAAGGUACGGACCACAGCACCUGAGAAGUACAGAGUGAAGCCCAGCAGCAGCAGCUGUGAACCAGGAGCUUCAGUGGAUAUAGUGGUGUCUUUACAUGGAGGUUCUCAAGCCUCUCCACAGGACAGAUUUUUGGUCAUGGCUGCUGAGAUGGAAAAUGCUGGAUCACAAGAACUCGCGCAGUUCUGGAAAGAAGUCCCGAAAACCAAGGUCAUGGAACACAGAUUGCGCUGUCAUGUUCUGGAGAGCGCUAAACCAACAGUGAAUCCUCUCAGAGACAGCCCUGUGGAGACAGGAAGCAGCGGGCAGCAGGAAUUAAGCACAGUGUAUGCUCCAAAAUCCUCCCACACCCAGGCACUGGAUGAUAACUUUAACUGCACAUCACAGCUCAUGCGAGUGAUGACCUGCAAUGCUCGGUUGGAGCAGAAGAUGAACACGUGUCUGUGGGUGCAGAAGGUUCUCAUCGGGUUGGUGCUGGUCCUCGUGGUGCUGAACCUCCUGUGUCUCUACCUGCUGGGCACUUCCCAGCAGCCAUCCUGACCUGCCACGGCUCCCUCCGCCCGCAUCUGUCGACCACAGACGCACAGACGGUUCCAGCGGGGGCCACAGUUGACUACCUGGGGGACGGUCGUCCUGAGCUCUCUCCUUCCCUCGGGCUGCUGUCAUGGAGGGGAGGAGGGCUGACCUUAGGGACAUGCGAGUUGUUGUGGAGUAACUAUAUGAAGAGAUUGUACUCGUCUCUUUUCAAGCACUUGAGAGGUAAUACAACAGAGACACUUUUAACAAUGUGACAUGGAAUCAUUAAUGUAUUUUUUAAGACCGAUCAUGGAGAAAAAAAGUGUAUUUAUUGCGAAAGACACAAUAUGUAGGAAGAAGUAGUUAUUUUUGUGAUCCUAAUGUACAAUUUUUUAUAUUAUAUAAAUCUAAAAAUUAUGAAAUAAACCUUCUUUUGUCAAA